GAGCGGCCUGGAGAGAGCAGCUGCCCCGAGAGCCCAGCCACGCCGGGCAGAAAUGGCCCUCGGGCCAGGGCAGCCCCCGCCGCCGAGGAGCGCGCAAGGCCGGCAGCCGGCGGGACGGGGCCAGCCCCGGGCGGCGCCUGAGGGAGCCGGUCGCCUCUGCCCCCCGCAGCCGGGGGCUCCGGGGCGGCUCCUCCUGCGCGGCCUGGGGCGGCUCCGGACUUACUUGCGCGGCAGCGGCAGCAGCAGCAGCUCUGCCCCCGCCAGCCCGGCUCGCUCGCUCGCUGCCCUGCCGGGGCUGCAGCAGCUUCUCCCAGCAAUGGCGUCACGGCCGGGCCUGGGGAGGAGCGGCGGGGUUCCCGGAAGGGGGGGGGGGAGGGAGGGGGGGGAGGCGGCACCGGAGGGCGGUCCGCGCCGGCGGUGCCAGGGACUGUCUGGCCCCGAGGAGGGGGGCGGGGCGCGGGGGGCGCUCUCCCAGGUCCCCCCCCCCCCCUCCUCCUCCUCCUCCUCCUGCAAGUCGCGCUUCCCUAGAAAGCGGAGUCAGGAUUCAGGGCGCCCACGAGCCAUUCGCAGCUCCAGGAGGCGGGACGGGAGCGCGGCGGGGGGUCCGGCCAGCUGGAGGACGACGCCGCCGCCGACCCCCGCCCUGGACGCAGCUGCAGCCGGCCGCGGAGGGCCGGGAAGAAGCGUGGUGAAUGCCCAGCUGCGGCCCCUCUCCAUGGAGGUCCGGAAGGGCCUGGCGGAGGAGGACGGGAGGACCUACCAUGCCCUGGUGAACCUGGCAGAAACAGAGGUGACCAAGAUGGCCAGCGACUACUCUGAGAACGAGCUCGAACUCUUCAAGAAGACGAUGGACCUGAUCAUGCUGUCCGAGAGCGGCUUGGCCUCCUCCACCGAGAUCUUGAACUCGGCUGACCAGCUGAAGCCAAAGAAAAUGAAGAAGCGGGAGGCGGAGCAGGUGCUGCAGAACUUGGUGCAGGACCAGUGGCUUUCCGAGAAAGAGGGGGAGUACGCCCUGCACCCGCGCUGCAUCCUGGAGCUGGAGCAGUACAUCCUCCGCCACUACCCGGGGACGGCCCGCAAGUGCCACAUCUGCCACAGCCUCUCCGUGCAGAGUCAAGUGUGCGAGACCUGUGGGAUUGGGAUGCACUUGCCUUGCUCGGCCAAAUACUUCCAGGCACAAACAGCACCUCGUUGUCCUCAGUGCAAGCAGUUCUGGCCCCACAGGAUUCCAGCCCGCCCCCAGCAGCCAGCGAGCAGCCCCAGGGAGAGCAGACGGACCUCCUCGGUGGGAACGAGGCAGCGGUAGGAGGCCAGCCGUGCCAGGAGACGUCGGCAUCCUGCCGGGACCACGGCCUGGCCCAGAGCCGGCCCCUGCCCUCCUGGGCCUCCUUUGUAAUAAAGGUCUGGCAGUUUUCCUCUCAA